CAACCGCAGUUUCUACUCUCAAUUUCAAAGCAUCGUCUCCCGUUUCCGCCGUAGUUUUGAUAACCAGCUUCUCCGUAGGUCGUGUUGUUCGAGCGUCUAUGACAGUUUCGCAUGAUGCAACCCCGGGCUUCGCUUAGGAGCACUACGCCCCAGUGACGGUGAAAGCCCCAUUGCUCGUGCCAGAGCAGUUCGCCGUCAAGUGUUGCAGUGUAGCCUCUGUACCUUUUUCUCUUGUGGCUUCUUCUGUGUCAAAUCGACGGAUACAUCUCUCCAAAAUUACACCAAUCUUAUUGAAUUCUUCUUUUCCUUCUGUUAUGUGUUCGUGCCUCUUCACCUUUAGCCGGUUUUCUAAAUUUUAUGAGAUUGGAAAUUGAGCUAGUCAUAGAGGCAGAAAUUGAUUUCUAUGGCGGUGUUAACGUGGGGGUUAAUCUUGAUUCUUAGUUCUACCUCUAAGGACAUCCGCUAUAACUUGAUCUACCUUCGAUUGCUUUCUUUUGCUGUUCUUGUUCUUGAUUUGCUUAGAUGUGUGAGCAGUGGUGAUUGUUGGGAAAUGGUUUGCUUAGAUGUGUAGGCUGUGGUGAUUGUUGGGAAAAUGGUUUGUUUACUUCUGUAGACGGCGAUGAUUUGACAAUUAUCCGCGCUUCUGAGAGGAAUCGAUGAAGCAAAUGGAAAACUAUGGUUGAAUUUCUUAAUAUGAGCCUAGUCUUUUGGUGAAUUUUCUAGUUCAAUGUUUUCUUUUGAUCGUGGGUUUUAUCUAAAAUAUUGUAAGCUAUUUGGUUUUAUUGGCUGUGAUGAGACUUAAACAGCUUCAACGCCAGUUCUGCUUCUGAUAUUCUGUGAUCGAGAAAGCUGAAAUCUUUCUGAGCCAUUGAUAAUCUAGAUUCAAAUCUCAAAACUUAUUUGAUAUUGGGGAAUAGUUUUUUUGUAUUAAAUUUGUUAAAUAACUUGUUUUGAAGCUAUAAUUUGUCAACAUUGACGAGGGCUUAGUGUAGCAUCCAAUGAUGAUCCAACCCACUCUUUUGAGGUGUAGUGGAGCCAAGCCCCUGUUCGCAGGGAGAACCUACUUGGUGUAAGCUACAUAACAGGGAUAUUGACGGGUUUAUCUGAGGGUGUUCAUUCCCUUCAUGAUUUUUCUUCAAAAGCUUUGUAUUGGAGAUUGCUGAUGACGAUCUAAUCCAAUUUUGUGAGUUGUAGUGGAGCCAUGCCCCUGUUUAUCAGGGAGAACCUACAUGGUGUAAGCUACAUUACUUGGAUAUUAACGGAUUUAACUGAAGCAAACAGCAUUUUCUCAAAGGCUAUUUGUCCCUGUUUCUUUAUCGUGUUUUCUUUCUUCCAUUUUGUUAAUGUAUUGAGUUUAACUAUACCCUGUUGGUCAAUUUUCAAUGGCUUCAGAGUCUGAAAAAACUCGCAGAGUGUAGUGUUGUCAUCAGCUUCGUCUCUUGCUCAACCCACGAGAUAGGAGUUAAAUCACAGCACUAGAUUUCGUUCCCUACUCAACUAUGUCAAAAUAAUUUCAAAUGAUUCGUGUUAGUUAGUAUGCGGAUGCUAUGAUGAUUAUUAAGCUUCAAAUUCCAUUGAUAGCGAGGUGGCUUUGCUGCUGCCUUUGCAAUUAUGAAACAAGUUUUGGUUCGUAUUCACUGAGCAUCUUCUUGAGUCAUAAAUUUUAAAGACUGUACUUAAAAUACUGUAGAAGCUUUGAUUCUCUUUCGAAAUGUUAUAAUUGUUCCCAAGUUUUUCUGAUCAGUAAUAUGUAGUUGCUAUGAUGAUUAUAUAUUACCUUCAAAGUUCAUCGACUGCGAGGUGGCAAAACGCUUGCUUUGUAGAAUGAGAUGAAUUCUUAUUCAUAUUCACUGAGCAUCUACUUGAUUUAUUUUAGAAAUAAAAUGUUUGUCUCUAGGGUAAGCAGAGAAGGAUCGAGGGACCUAUGGAUGGAGUUGCCAUUGUAGUAACAAAAUGCACUUACAUCCAAGUUUGCCUUCGUAGAGUUCUAUGCGAACAUCGGAUCAAUCUGAGACUUGAUUUGUUAUUUAUCCGUGAUUUCAAGUUGGUGGAUUCAUAGUUCGUAGAGUGAGUUUUAAACUGGCUUUCUUUGUUUGUUAUGUGUUAUGCGUUUUGCAUUGAUUUGGGUAAAUAAUGCGAAGGUCCCCAGCAGGGGGGCAAGAAACUCUCUUUUGGAUUGAGGCCCACUCUAACUUUGUUAGAAAAACCUUCGCAAAGUGAAUUUCUGCCGAAUAUAACAGAUGCUGCAGAUUCUUAUAAUUUCUCAAGGGUCUGGAAAAUCGGCCAAAUUCCGUUUUUUUUCUCUGGAAUGUGAUAGCUUUCCAUAUAUCUUCAAUUGACUUUUAUUUUUUGUGAUCAUCUGCUGCAUAGCGUUGUGUAUGUCUCAGCUAGUAGGCUAGUACCAAAGGGGAAGACGAACUAGGUGACUUCAUGAGCCAUCGCCGUUUGAAUGCUUGCCGCCGUUGCAACAGUACAUGGAGUAAAUUGGAUUCUGAAGUUUCUUGUAUUUUUGGCUUUACCUUUUGAUUUUCGACUGUUAGCGCCAACUAUUGUAAUCCAUAUGACAGAUGUACCUUUUGGUUUGUUUGCUCAUUGAGGGACAAAUUGAUUAGAUUUGUUUAAAAGGAUCUUUAAUUCGUUCUUCUCAAGCGUAAGUUUCAUUUGAGCUGUUCUCUCCCUAGAAAGUUAGAGGUAGGGAUGGCAAUCAAAUCAUGCUCACAGGUAUCCGACCGUCUAUGUGUGGCUGUUCGGUUGGUUUGGUUUAAAUCGAAUCGAAUUAGGAUAUGUCGAAUUUCCGAUUUCCCCUGCACCCCAAUCGAAUUCGAACAGAGCUAUACUUCGAUUUGGCUCGGCAGGACCGAAAUACAGCUUAGUUCAGUUUAAUUGUCCAGAACCAAAAUUCAUAGCUGCUGCCAAAUUUUUGCUUGCUGCCUUCUGGUUUGGUUCGCUGUAACAGGAAACUUUUGCCUGCUGCCUUAGGAGUUGGAGUGUCGGAGUAAAGGAGGCGAGUGCCGAGUGAUGACAGUCGGAGUCGGCAGAAGAUUCAAUGCGCAAGAGGAGACUCGACGGCUGGCAGGUGCUUGCCUCGGUCUGGGUGGGAUUGUGGGAGCCUGAGAGGCGGAGACCAAUGGGUCUGGGCCGGAGGGUGCUCGUGGAGGGUGAGGAUCGCGUCGAGAGGGAGACGAAGCUGCUUCUCAGGGUCGGGCCGUCGGCGUCGCCGGGCUCGGGAGGUGGUGGAGGUCGGACGAGAUGGAGUCGCAGUCGGCAGUCGCUGCCUCAGCUGCUUCGUAGUUUCCCUUUCCGGCUUUCCCUUUGCGAUCUCGUCUAGGGUUAGGAGUCGCAGUCUCGCAGGCGGCAGAGAGUGAGACGGUCGAUUUGUUGAAGA